AUGAAGGUUCUUAAGGAUUAUGAAUCAAGCCAAAAGCUCAACAAGGAGAAAACCUCCCUUUUUUUUAGCAAAAACACCAGUAGAGAUGUGCAGAACCAUGUGAAGCAACAGUUUGGGGCCCAAAUUAUCCAGCACCAUGAAAAGUACCUCGGGUUGCCGCCACUAGUUGGCAAGGGAAAAAGGAAAGAUUUCAACAAGAUAGAGAACCAGGUAGGGAGGAAAAUAGUUGGUUGGAAAGGAAAACUUUUGUCUAAUGCGGGUAGGGAAAUUCUUAUCAAAGUGGUGGCCCAAGCUACGCCCACAUACAUGAUGAGUUGCUUUAAACUCCCGGACACACUGUGCAAGGAGUUGAAUGCGAUGAUGAGUAAAUUCUGGUGGGGGCAAAAGGAAAAAGAGAGGAAAAUGGCAUGGGUUUCGUGGGAAAAACUAUGUACUCCAAAGGUGGAAGGGGGUAUAGGGUUUAGGGAUCUAAAAGCCUUCGAUUUGGCCCUACUAGCGAAGCAAGGGUGGAGGAUCCAACAAAAUCCAAGCUCCCUAAUUCAUAGAGUUUUUAAAGCGAAGUAUUUCACGAGCAUCCCAUUUAAAGAAGCACAAUUGGGCAGCCAUCCCUCCUAUGCGUGA